CGAUCCGCCGGUUGCUGUCGUGUGUGUUGAUGACGUCCGAAGGUGACGUCAUCGUUAGCGCCGUUCGUCGCUGCCGCCGCUGCUACACACGCUACGGUUUUAAUAUAGCGGAGGAACGCGCGCGAUCCGGACUCAGUUACGCGGCGGCCGGCCACCCGUGCGAGAGCGUAUCGCUUUCUUGCAAAACGUGUCCGCGCUGUUUUUCACUCUCUUUUUCUUUCUCUCUCUCUAUAUAUAAUAUAUACAUACAUAUACAUAUACAAAUUUUCUCUGCAUUCUUUAGUCUCUCUCUGCUUUAUUCUACUCGCUGUCCGGUUUUAAAUUUUCGCCGAAUUACCGCGGCUUACCUCGAUCCGUGAUCCGAGCGGAUUGUGCGUCAGUUUCGUGUGUUAAACGGAUCGUGAAUCGUGAGACAGAGCGUGUCAAGUGCGAGAAAACUGGGGAUUACAUAGGCAGAGCAGCGAAGAAAAGGUGGUGCAGCCAAGGACAAGUUUGUGUUUGAGUUUCGCGUGACUAGAGAGAGGGAGACUGUUCAGCGAGUUUCGGAGCACGCGCGUGGUUCCGCGCGUACACGGGACAACGGUGCGUCCUCGUGAUACCGUUCUGACAGCUUCCACGUUGAGCUGUGCUCCUCGCGACACGCGGCACCGAGAAUCCUUGGAAUCCUCCAGCUUGGAUUGUCGUUUUUGAGCGCCGGAACGGUCCGGGACGAAUUGCUGUUCCGAGGGAACAGUGUAGAGGAGAGUGACGAGAGCCGAUGCCGGAAGGAAUCGUCGAUACAGAUCGAUUCAAGCGGUUCGACGAUAUCAUUUCGAAAAACGUCUCGGCGAUAACAGUGAGAACGAUGUCGGCCGUGUUUGGGACGGAGGAACGAUAAAUUUCCAACAACAAACGUGGAGAACGCAUAACAGGAUUCUGCAUGCGAGAAGUGUUCGAGCUACUCGGUGGAGUGCUGACCUCCGAAGACGUAUUCCGGAAGGAUUCGUCUAGCCAUACGACGACGCAGACAGGUCGGUGAUACACGUGUGUCAUCCGCUGUUUUACGUGUGUUGUGGGUGAGUUAUGUGUGUGCGGCUUUCGGCUGAAUCACGUUACACAGCACGUACCUGUUCUGUUUAUUGUCCCGUUUCUCGUUUUCACCCACGCCGAUAAUGAUACAGUCGAGGAAUUCCACGCUCCCGUGACUGAUACGCCCGGUGUUUACGAGCCGUGAGAAUUAUCGACUGUGAGUUAUCCCCUUUCACUCUCACCCGUCGCUCAUCAUCGUUUACUCGUUCACCUUACACGCUUCUUGCGGAUGCGCUUUCGCUUCGCCAACAUCCUCCAACGGCCUAAAAUCAUCAAAGAGAAAGAGAGACUAAUCGCAAUCACCACGACGAACUGACGAUCAAAAAACGACUUGGAGUAUCGACGACGAGUUGCUCGCGUCGAGUGACAACCGGACGGAUCUAUCGCUUUCGCACGUUUGCCUGCUCAUGACGGUGUGAUCCUCGCGUUGUCCCGGCGAGAUCGCGAGAGGAGGCGCGAGAUCAGCUGUUGUCGUACCGAGCCACGUGUAACGAAUAACUUUUCGAACUCGCUUUUCCAUUUAGCGUUCUGUGAUCGCGCACGUGCGCGCUUGCGCGGCCGCGCCGUGUACAGGAGCGAGAAUCUGGCCGGUGAAAAAGGAAGGAAAGAGGCCGGGGGAAAAAAAGUGCGAGAGAUCGUUGGUCUUAGGAUGGUCGCGGUCGUUGAGGCCGUCGAUCGUCGUCCGCGCGUUGCCGCCGGGAACGUUUGAAAAAGGGAAGACAAAGAGAAAGAGAGAGAGAGAGAGAGAGAGAGAGAGAGAGAGAGAGAGAGAGGGAGGGUGGGAGUGAGGAGGAGGCGAGAGGGAGAGACACGGGAUCGAGGCGGGAUCCCCGAAGUACACGACUGGAUUUAGUGAAUGAAACGAGUAAAAACGAGGCGCCAGAGUGCUGAUCGUACGUGCGAUGCGUACCGUGGAGGAUACAGCCACGGAAGCAGCCGCAGUUGAUGCUGCGACCACCCAUCAGCGUGCUACCACCGGCAGGCAUCUGGUCGUCGAUCACAAUCACGAUCGCGAUCACGAUCAACGAGAUCGAUCGACGACGAUCCAUCUGCCGACUACACCGUACCACCCGGUCACCAUUGCAGCGGACACCAACAACAAUCAUGACCAUCAUCGGAACUUCGAGCACCACGCGGCUCAACGCCACGAUCAUUGGAACAAGUGGCAGCUGCAUUCGCCGAACGGCGACAGCGAUAACAGCAACGGUAGCCAGCGCGCGGUGGCUAUUACGCGCAACGACGUAGAGCAACAUCAACAGACACAUCGCCAGCGGCAUCAACGACAGGCGACAGCCAACGUUCCAGUUCUCGCCUGCACGAAUCAGUCUUCUACAACCACGACCAGCACCGCGUUCACGGUAACGUCAAGUAUGCUUCUUCUACAGACACAGAGCCCGUUCGGAUGUAGCACUCUGGCGGAUUUGUUGAGCGCCUCAUACACGGAUCCAGCGGACGCUGGAAGUCUACCCGAAGAGCUAGAUCCGUUUCCGGAACUGCAGCUGGGUAACCCUCAAGGAGUACCCACGGCUGACGAGUCAGCCCAAUCACAUCACCAGCAAGCACCGCAGCCGCCCCCGUCAGCAGCGCCUCUCGCCGAGGACGUCCAGCCAGACUCGCUUAGUUCAACACCCUUGCCGAGCUUCCAAGAGACGUACACGGCUCAACGGUACACGAGACAGGAACUGCAAGUUCUCGGCAUCAAGAUGGACGAGGGCGAAUGCUACGAUAAUUCGGUGUAUCCGUGCGCCACCGGCCAUUAUCCUGCCGAGUUCUCACCCGCGCUGCCCUAUCACAAUCAUCAGCAACCACCGCAACAACAGCACCAUCAUCACCAUCCUCAGCAGCAGCAGCAGCAGCAGCAGCAGCAGCAGCAGCCAGCACCGCCUCCGCAACAGCAACAUCAUCAUCAUCACCAGGGCUAUUUCCCAACCGAGACGGCGUUAACUCCAACCACCGCUGUUCUCUCGCCGUCGAAUCAUCGACAAGACUCGCCGUACGGCGCGGUGGUCAGUUUACCCAUGGUGUACGGCCCACCACCGACCAUUACCGGCGGUACCACUCCGGUCGCGUCGACAGAUCUUUAUCCCACUGUUGACAACGUGGUCGUAGGGACGCCUCGUCCACGGAGAUCGUCCGUACCCACGCAACGGUCAGAAUCCACGAGUGGCAGUACAGAUUCCUCGAAGGCACGCGGCGGAAGCGGAGGCACCGGAAGCUCCGUGAGUUCUCCAUCCCCUGGAAGCGGCAACGAACGAGCACCGCCGAGUCCCAGUCAACUUUGUGCCGUUUGUGGCGAUACGGCAGCGUGUCAACACUACGGUGUGCGUACCUGCGAGGGUUGCAAGGGAUUCUUCAAGAGGACCGUGCAGAAAGGCUCGAAGUACGUGUGCCUGGCAGAGAAAGCUUGCCCCGUUGACAAACGGCGGCGGAAUCGUUGUCAAUUUUGUCGCUUCCAGAAGUGUUUGAUGGUCGGCAUGGUGAAAGAGGUUGUCAGGACAGAUUCGUUGAAAGGUCGCCGAGGUAGACUACCAUCGAAGCCGAAAUCCCCGCAAGAAUCACCGCCAAGUUCCCCGGUUUCUUUGAUCACAGCUUUGGUUCGUGCACACUUGGACACGACACCCGAUCAGGCGACGUUAGAUUACUCGCAAUACCGGCAACCAAGUCCUGGCGAUCUACCCAUCACAGAGGCGGAAAAGACACAGCAGUUUUACAAUCUUCUCACCACGUCCAUCGACGUGAUUCGUACCUUUGCCGAUAAGAUACCCGGAUUCACGGAUCUCGUACGGGAGGAUCAGGAGUUGCUUUUCCAAUCAGCCAGCCUGGAACUCUUUGUUCUUCGAUUGGCGUACCGCACAAAGCCAGAGGACACCAAGCUGACGUUUUGCAACGGUGUGGUUCUCGCAUUGGAACAGUGUCAACGUAGCUUUGGCGACUGGCUCCACAGUAUCCUCGAGUUCAGCAAAGCUCUUCACAUUCUCGACGUAGACACUAGUGCUUUCGCUUGUUUGUGCGCUCUCACCCUCAUUACUGCAAGGUACGGCCUGAAGGAGCCUCAUCGCAUGGAACAGCUACAGUCGAAAAUAAUCUCGUCCCUUCGCGAUCAUGUCACCUACAACGCCGAGGCUCAGAGGAAAGCGCACUAUCUAUCCCGUUUGCUAGGUAAACUACCGGAACUGAGGAGUUUGUCGGUGCAAGGGCUCCAGCGUAUCUUUUACCUGAAACUGGAGGAUCUGGUCCCGGCGCCACCCAUGAUCGAGACGAUGUUCGUCGGUAGUCUACCCUUCUAAUCGCCUUCUCAAGCGAAGCCUAAGGCUGUAUCGUCGCGUAGAACAGUUCAACUCUUGAGAUCUUGUGCGGUUGCGUACCUACUCGAUUAAGUUUCCUUAGUUCUUAUACGUAUACAUAGGUUUUUAUUAUCUUCUUGCGUGUACCCCUCAUGGUUUUCACACAAGUAUCGACGCGUGGAUCAUCGGUAUACCCACUCGAGAGUUAGCUCGACAGAGAAAGAAAGAAAGAAAGAGAGAGAGAGAGAGAGAGAGAGAGAGAGAGAGAGAGAGAGAGAACGAGCAAACUCCAGUCUUGAGAGGACGACGAAGUCCUCUUCCUGUCGAAGACUUGUUGGUCUCGAGGCUAACUCGUCGUCUGGGCGUGUUUAGCAAAUACAUAGAUGCGUGCAUGCGAUCGAGCAUCGUGUGAGUGGACGUUGGAAUAGAUGCACAGGCGAAUGGACGAGUCGGAAGACGUGAUUUGUCGCUAAAUUUAAGACAAAGUUCCACGGUGUAUGUAUGAGAGACGGGUGGAUGAACGGGGCGCGUGUCUUCGUGAUGUGUCAGCGAGCAGACGUGACUGCUCGUCCUGACAACUGUUACUAUUGUUACUACUAUUAUUACUGCUAUUACUAUUUUAUCACUGUAGGAUGUAACAACUAUUCUUGCUAUCGAAAGUAACGACGCCCAAGCAAUGAAGGUGGAUCCGAUUUCUCGGCGAAUUGUCGGGGCAACUACAGAGAAACGGCAGUGAAACAAACGAUAGAUUUCCCUUUCGUAACGAAAAACGAGCAUAAGAGAAACGCGAACGAGCACGAUGGCAUCACGGACGAUUCAUCACGAAGCGUGUUAUUAACUGGUAAUUCCAAAUGCUACGCUAUUUCUCGUAAACAUGCACAAGAUAAUCGAAAAGAAAAAAAAAAAAAAAAGAAAGAAAUAAUACCAUACACGUUAUAUACACGUAUCAUACGUACACCUACACACGAAUUUUUAUCACUUUUCUACCUACUUUGUAUAAGUCGCUACGUCAACGAACAAACCUACGUUUCUUUCAUUGCUAGUGCCGUGUCGAUCGUUCCCGACGAUUCGUCCAAUCGAGGCGAAAUUCCUCUUCUUUCGGUGAAUAAACGUACUUACUACUCGUCGAGGAGAAAGAAGAGAGACGACUCGCAACAUAUCAGAGCAACGACGGAAGAGCGGAGACAAAAGUAGAUUCCCACAUGUGUUACGUUACUAAUUGAUAUUCCUUUAUCCACUCUGUGUCCCAACUCCUAAACGAAUCUCGCUCUUCCGUGUUGGUAGUUUAGGUGUAUGUAGGUCGUGACUGUGAUCACACUCGAACGUCGCGAUGAUGCUAAAGAGAACCGUCGGUAGCCAAAAAGAAAUAUGAAACUCCUCGUUUUCCGAUUUCUCGACUCCCUAUGCUCUUGUUCAUCCGAUAUUCGUGCCCUUCGGCUUACCAGCCUCGUCGAUCCGAGGCUAAUCGGUGCUGUUCUCCUCUCCAGAUCCUCGAUCGCAUGGAAUUUAGUAUCAUUGAAAACGUGUGAGUGUCUUCCAAGUCACGCGGUCGGAAUUCACCCGGCCCAAAGUAAUUACCACUAUUCUUGCGUUAAUGUGAUUUUAGACAGCUAAGGGAGAAGAAGAAUGAGGUAGGACUCGGGCUUAGCCAAUUGGCUGCACGAUUCGUCUGAUCGGAUGUAAAGAGAGAUACAUACGGGAGAUACAUGCGUGCAUAUCGUUAUUUCGAUCGCGAUCGAUUGGCAGUGAAGCAGUGGCUUCGUCACGAGUCCGGCAUAAAGUUACCUAUUACGUUAUGACAUUUAUUUUUUAAUUAAACUAACGUAGAAAGUCCUAUUUAUACGUAUGCCGCGCCGCUAUUACUACUUAUACUAUUACUUGCUACUUAUUAAUUACUAUUACUUAACUACUACUUAUCGCUAGCAUUACGAUCUUAUGGCGUUACUAUCGCUACUACCGCUGUUACCAUCCGCUACCUUCUUACCACCACCUUGUGUUACCAUUACUUGCUAAAUGCGUAAGAAACAUCGUCGACGUUAAGCACUCUUCGCCGCAGCAGUGUAUCACCGUGAAGAAGAAUUAGACAUCUCCUCUAAAUGUAGAGAACUGAUUAGCCCUUGGAAUUGGAUUGCACCGACUCGCGUGAUCCAAAGAAGCUGGAAGUGAUCCACGAUUUAUCUAGAGAAGAAUUGGAAUCAUGCUACAUCAAGAAAUCGCUGAUCGUCGGUUUAGUUGGCGCAAACUCUUUCCAGCAUGGCCCGUUGAAAAAAUGGUCGUCCUAACUGUUCGGCAAACAAUGCUUUCCCCUUUUGUGUGUAUGUUACUUGUCAACGUAAAAGUACAGCCCAGUAAAUCAAUUCAACCGAUACAGCGUUUACAUCGCAAUAUUAAUCUUAGUAGGCAUGUCUAAUUUCAGAAAGACACGUUCCGUCGUGGCGAUCGCCGUCAGCGGUUCUUUUAACUUAACAAGAGGCAGAAAACACGUUAACGAUACAUAUAAAUGUGCACAAUAGGUAUAAAAUAAUUACGUGUGUAUACGUUAUUCUCUAAUUGCCGUGUGUAUCCGCAAAUGUUCAAUGCUUCGUAAGGAGACAGAGAGAGGAUCCGGGCUUAAUUUCGAGCUGGAUCGUUCUCGAUUUUCCUUCUUCUUCGAUCUCUGCGCGAAUCAUAGUUCCUUCAAGAAAA